AUGCAACCGAUCACCCUCUACUCGCACCCCAUCGGGCCCAACCCGUGGAAGGUCGCCCUCAUCCUCUCGGCCCUCCGCCUCCCCUACGAGACGGUGCUGGUCGACUUCGCCGACGUCAAGAAGUCCCCCUACGUGGAUCUCUGCCCCAACGGCCGUCUCCCGACCAUCGUGGACCCCAACCAGAACAACCUUACCCUGUGGGAGUCCGGCGCGAUUGUGAACUACCUGAUCGAAACCUACGACGCGAGCCACCAGCUCAGCUACGAGACUCUCCCGGAGCGCCACCACCUCCAGCAGUGGCUGCACUUCCAGGUCUCCGGGCAGGGGCCCUACUACGGGCAGCUGGGGUGGUUCCAGCGGCAGCCCGAGCGGGCGCCGCUUGCGAUCGAGCGGUAUACGGCGGAGGUCCGGCGGGUGAUGGGGGUGCUGGACCGCGCGCUGCAGGGCAAGGAGUGGCUGGUCGGGGAAAAGUGCACGUUUGUGGAUCUGUGCUUCGUGCCGUGGCAGGAGUUGGUGCCGCUCAUGGUGCGGAAUGAGGGCGUUGUUCGGGAGCUGGAGGAGCAGUAUCCCAAUGUGAGGGCGUGGAUGGGGCGGAUGAAGGCGAGGGAGGAGGUGCAGAAGGUGCUGCGGGAGAAGCGCGAGGCGAUGGCGCAGGAGCAGUCCAGGUAG